UCCGGCGCGCUGAUUGGUCGCAAACACCGUCAAUCAAAUCUGCUGCGCUUUCCAUUGGCUGGUACUCGAUGUACGGGUGGGCGAGUUUUUCCAGCGUUGUUGACAUGUUUCAAUAAGUUGAAGGGACUUAUCGCGAGACUUGAAAGCCUUUCGAGAGAGCGCGAGUGAAGCCGAUGGCGUGAGGACAGCAGUAGGGAAAGAGAGGAAUAAGGUUUACAGUCUGAACAGAGACGUGAGUGGGUUUUACAAAGCAGCCAUGUCUUCCUGCCGUCUUCUCUGCCUGCUGGCUCUCGUCUUCCUCCACACCUCCGUGUCAGCCGAACCGCGCAGGAUCCCCCCAGAAAAUCUGCUGGUGGUCACUGCAGCAACAGAGGAAACUGACGGGUUCAACCGCUUCAUGACGACGGCCAGAGAGUUCAACUACACUGUGAAGGUGCUCGGUCUGGGGGAGGAGUGGAGGGGGGGUGAUGUUGCUCGGACGGUGGGUGGAGGUCAGAAGGUCAGAUGGUUGAAGAAGGAGCUGCUCAAACACUCCGACAAGGCGGACAUGGUCAUCAUGUUCGUGGACAGUUAUGACGUGAUCUUCGCGUCGGGUCCGGAGGAGCUGCUGUACAAGUUCUCCCGUCUGGGCCACCGAGUGGUCUUCUCAGCCGAGGGCUUCUGCUGGCCCGACCAGAGGCUGGCCUCCAAAUACCCACAGGUGCAUUCUGGGAAACGCUACCUCAACUCAGGAGGGUUCAUCGGCUUCGCUCCGGAGCUCAGUACGAUCAUCCAGCAGUGGAAGUACAAAGACAACGAUGAUGACCAGCUGUUCUACACCAGAAUCUACCUGGACAAGACUCAGAGGACCAAAUUCAACAUGACUCUGGACCAUCGAUCCAGAAUCUUCCAGAAUCUGAACGGAGCUGUUGAGGAAGUCGUCUUGAAGUUUGAGAGGGCGAGAGUCCGCGUGCGGAAUGUUGCCUAUGACACACUUCCUGUUGUGAUCCAUGGCAACGGACCCACCAAGCUGCAGUUGAACUACCUGGGUAACUACGUUCCCACCGCGUGGACCUUUGAGAACGGCUGUGGGAACUGCGAUGACGACCUGCUGUUCUUCAGCGACACACCUGACGAGGAGCUGCCUCUGGUGUACGUCGGCGUGUUCAUCGAGCACGCGACUCCCUUCAUGGAGGAGUUCCUGGACCGGCUGACGACUCUGAACUACCCGACCGACAGGAUCCGCCUCUUCAUCCACAACAACGUCGUGUACCACGAGCGCCACAUCCAGAGGUUCUGGGAGCGUCACAGAGUCCUGUUCCCCAACGCCGUGCUGGUCGGCCCCGAGGAGAACCUGCAGGAGGCCAAGGCCAGGAACAUGGCGGUCGAGGCGUGUAAGAAGGAUCCUGAGUGUGAUUACUACUUCAGCAUCGACUCCGACGUGGCCUUAACGAACUCCGACACACUCAGGAUACUGAUGGAGGAGAACAAGUCCGUCAUUGCUCCCAUGUUGUCCAAACACGGUAAGCUGUGGAGUAACUUCUGGGGCGCCCUGAGUCCUGAGGGAUUCUACUCCAGAUCUGAGGACUACAUCGAGAUCGUCCAGGGGAAGAGGAUAGGGCUGUGGAACGUCCCCUACAUCACUCAGGCCUACCUGAUCAAAGGCAGCUUGCUGCGGUCCAAGCUGUCCCAGGUGAGCCUGUACGUGGACGAGGAGAUGGACCCUGACAUGGUGUUCUGCAGGAGCAUCAGAGACCAGGGCGUCUUCAUGUUUGUGUCCAACCGCGACGAGUUCGGCCGCCUGGUGACCUCGUCCAGCUUCAACACGUCCAGACUCCACCCGGACAUGUGGCAGAUCUUUGACAACCCUGUGGACUGGAGGGAGAAGUACAUCCAUGAGAACUACUCCAGGAUUUUUGAGGACCAGAAGAGUUUUGUGGAGCAGCCCUGUCCAGAUGUCUACUGGUUUCCGGCCUUCUCGGACAAGAUGUGCGACCACCUGGUGGAGACCAUGGAGCACCACGAUGGCUGGUCUGGAGGGUCCCACAAGGACGAGCGUCUCGCCGGCGGUUACGAGAACGUCCCCACGGUGGACAUCCACAUGAACCAGAUCGGCUUCGAGAAGGAGUGGCUCAAAUUCCUCCGAGAGUACAUCGUCCCCGUCACCGAGAAACUCUACCCUGGAUACUACCCCAAGGCUCAGGCCAUCAUGAACUUUGUGGUUCGUUACCGUCCUGACGAGCAGCCGUCCCUGCGGCCGCAUCACGACUCGUCGACCUUCACCGUCAACAUCGCCCUGAACAGCAAGGGCAUCGACUAUGAGGGUGGAGGCUGCAGGUUCCUGCGUUACGACUGUAAGGUGGAGUCUCCCAGGAAGGGCUGGUCCUUCAUGCACCCCGGCCGGCUGACCCACUACCACGAGGGCCUGCCCACCACCAGGGGGACCAGAUACAUCAUGGUGUCCUUCGUGGACCCGUAGAGACACACUCACAGUGUGUGUGUGUGAGAGAACAUCAGUCGACCUCAUUAUCACACAUGGAGACAGAUGGAGGCUGAGACGUGAUGUCCUUGAAUGCAUCGUCUCAGAAUGUUUGUUUUUGUACUGUUAUCUCUGAUUGAACGAUCCACCUCACCUGCUUCUACACCUGACACACCUUCACCUGUGUCUCCUUAUGAUGAGCUCUGGUCACAUGUAUCAUUUCAAAGUCAGAGAGAGGAGUCUGAACACAUCCUUUUGGGACAUUUCAGAAUAAGAGUGACUUUAUUUAGCCUUUGUUACAUUUCAAAAUAAGAGUGGAGGUUAAAUUCACUGUGCUGCCUUAUCUGAUUACACUACCUGAAUCUAUGCAAGCUCUGUGUGUGUGUGUGAGUGAGUGAGUGUGUGUGUGUGUGGGAUGUUUUAAAUCCGUCACUAACAGUCUGUUACAUUUUCCUGUUCAGUGUUUUAAGUUUUGUUCUUCUCUUUGGUUUCCAUCAUGUGUUUGUUUCCCGUCAUGUGACUGACUGAGGAGGUUUGCAGCCUUCAGUUUUGUGUCGUGUGAGGAGUCUCUGGCUUUGUACAAACUGCAUUAAAUUAUUUGUUAGUGACUGAGCAAAUAAAGUUUUGAGAUUUUAAUAAACGA